AUGGCGGCCAGGGCGAAGCGCCCCCGCGCAGCGCGGCGCGGACCCCUCGGCGCCCCGGGCCGCUCGCUCAGCAGGGCGAGCGGAGGGGCUGCCGGCGUCCGGGGCGAGCGCGCCGCGGCUCCGCUCCCCGCCGCCGCCGGCCCCGCCAGCCAAUCAGCGCGCGGCGGCGGGCGCUGGCGGCUGCAGAGGCGGCCCUGGCGGGCGGCGCCGGGAAAGGGCGGCGGGCCCGGGGGCCUGCGGCUGCCGGGGAAAGGACCAGGGAUUCCGGGGUUCCGGGGAGCGAGCCGCCGGCGAGCGCAGGCGAGGCGGAGGACGGUAGCCCCGGCAGGCCCCGGACCCCCCGGUUCAACUGUCUUAAACAAAAAAGAAAAUGGAUUAUCUCGUAUAACAAUAAACCUGGAGCUCCUCACUAUGUCUCCUAAUAUCUUUGUAAUUUCUUAAUGAUAGGAGCUAUAGGAGCAACUUUUCCUGAAAUAUUGGGCUUAGUCCCUGACUGCUGAAACAGGUCCAGAAUGGUAAGUUGUAGUAUUAUUAUUUUUUGUUUGUUUUCUUUUCUUUUCU